UAGUGCUGUCAGCGCGUUCCUUUUGUCACGUGAUACGACUUUGCUGCACAUGAUUACUUGUUUGUAUGCAGAAGUAAGAAUGGUUACUAUGGGGUUAUAUGGUUAUCUAGUGGUUUUGACUAUUUUAUAUGCUGAAGUAAUCCGGGUAUACGCUGUUGAAGGUGGUAUGUUGUACCCUAAAGAGUCGCCUUCCAGAGAACUAAAAGAGCUAAAUGGAAUAUGGAGCUUCCGGGCUGAUGUGUCAAGCAGCAGGGACGAGGGCUUUGUGGAGAAGUGGUACGAGAACCCUUUAGCAGAGUCUGGACCUGUCAUUGACAUGCCUGUGCCUGCCAGUUUCAAUGACAUCACUCAAGAAAGCCAGUUAAGAGAUUUUAUUGGCUGGGUUUGGUAUGAAAAAGAAGUGUGGAUCCCGCGGCAGUGGAUUUUAUCUGAUGCAGGUUUGAGAGUAGUUUUGCGUGUUGGAAGUGCCCACUACUAUGCAGUUGUUUGGGUAAAUGGUGAACAAGUUGCCAAGCAUGAAGGAGGACAUCUUCCAUUUGAAGCUGUCAUCACUGAAGUUAUUCAGAAGAAUCCUUCUGAGCCUUGUCGAAUUACAAUCGCUGUUAAUAACACAUUAAAUCUGCAUACCUUACCACCAGGAACAAUCGAGUACAUGACCAACAAGAAAAGGUAUCCACCUGGAUAUUUUGUGCAGAAUAUAAAUUUUGAUUUUUUUAAUUAUGCUGGACUCCAUCGUCCUGUUCUUUUGUACACAACACCUUUGAUUUAUAUAGAUGACAUCACAGUAACUACAGACUAUACAGAUGGUACAGGUGUUAUAAAUUUUCAACUGUCUAUUAAAGGGAGUUCUGAAUUUUCUCUGAAUUUGAAAUUGUAUGAUAAGCGAAGGAAAGUGGUUGCUACAGGAUCUGGAGCCACAGGACAGCUUAAAGUACCUGACCCUAACCUUUGGUGGCCAUAUUUAAUGCACGGAGACCCUGGUUACCUCUACAAUUUGGAGGUUCACUUGACUGCAAAAUGUAAUGGGCAGGCCUUUGAAGAUUUUUACACAUUACCAGUUGGAAUCCGUACUGUACAGGUUACUGAUAAUCAGUUCUUGAUUAAUGGGAAGCCAUUCUAUUUCCAUGGAGUUAAUAAACAUGAAGAUGCAGAUGUUCGAGGGAAAGGGUUGGACUGGCCAUUAAUCGUGAAGGACUUUAAUCUUCUAAAGUGGCUGGGGGCAAACUCAUUCCGAACUAGCCACUACCCCUAUGCAGAAGAGAUCAUGGAUAUGUGUGACAAACUUGGGAUUGUUGUUAUUGACGAGUGUCCUGGAGUGGGCAUCAAACUACCUGAGAGCUUUGGAAAUGAAUCCCUUGCUCAUCAUCUGAUUGUCAUGGAAGAACUUGUGCGCAGAGAUAAGAACAGACCUUCAGUUGUGAUGUGGUCUGUGGCGAAUGAGCCAGCAUCUGAACUACCCCCAGCAGAGUACUACUUCAAGACCCUAAUAAGGUAUACGAAAGCUCUAGAUUCUACAAGACCAGUUACCUUCGUGACAAACAGUGACUUUUCAAAGGACCUGGGGGCUCCAUAUGUGGAUGUUAUUUGUGUGAACAGCUACUUUUCUUGGUAUCAUGAUCCUGGACAUCUUGAGGUCAUCCAGUUGCAACUUAACACCCAAAUGGAGAACUGGAAUAGUCUGUAUAAAAAGCCAAUCAUCCAGAGUGAAUAUGGAGCAGAUACCAUUCCAGGAUUGCACAAUGAUCCUCCAUUGAUGUUCACAGAGGAGUACCAGAAGAUAGUGCUGCAGCUAUACCACAGAGUAUUUGAUGAGAAGAGAAAGGACUACGUUAUUGGUGAACUAAUAUGGAACUUUGCUGAUUUUAUGACUGCUCAGACAACAACUCGAGUUGUUGGAAAUAAAAAGGGGAUUUUUACUCGUCAACGGCAGCCCAAAGCAUCUGCAUUUGUCCUAAGAGAUCGGUACUGGAAACUUGCCAAUGAAACGGGUCUUCUUCCACAGUGGAUCAAGUCUGGUUAUAAUCUCUGAUGGGCUAUCCCUGAACUGAAUAAAUUAACAAGUUCAGACUUUAAGUGCCUUAAACAAUGCUCAGAAUUAAACAUGUUUCCAAAAAGUCUAUGGCUACUGUAACAAAGUACUGAUAAACUGUUAUUUAAUAAAUUUAGAUUUUCAUAAUCAAA